UUUUAUUUAUUAUAUUUUUCAUUCCAUAUGAACAUGUUAUCAACUGAUACAAAAUUCUUGUGAUAUUAAUAAUUGAUACGUUUGAACGCUAGAUGGCACGCCAAACAAUCUCGAUAUCAUCACAAAAAUGGUAUUCAAAAAAAAAAAUAAAAUUUGAAUAAAAUUGUAAAUACUUUUAAAUUAAUGCACGAUGCCUAAGAGUCAUGAAAAUUACGCAAAAAAAAAAAAAUAAAAGAAAUAAUUAGAUAAUUUUAAUGAAAUACAAAAUUAACAAUUUAUAUCAAUGGUAUUCAAUGUUGUCUCGAUCGAUUGAUCGAUUUAUCGAAAUCGAAGUUUGUUAUGGUACAGUAAGUGUUGCGCUGCUGCUGUUGCUAACACACCACACAAUUGAUCUGAAUAAUAUAAUAUGUAUAGUAUAUGGUGUGUUAGUAAUUCAUGAAUACAUAAACGAUUAUUGAUUCUAAAGCAACUUCAGAGUGGAGAAAUAUUACAUUUACUCAUGCGAUAACACUCAUGAGAUAAUAUUAAAUAUUAUGAAAUUUUGGAUAUAAUUUUUGAUAGGAGAACAAAAUAAUGAAUUACAGUGAUCGAGACUAACGUUAAAUCGGACAAAUUGAUACAAGUGUCAUUUUAAGUAGUUUAAUUAAGCGAUUAAAUUCAGAUACGUAAAUCGAACGUAAUAUAUAAUCAACGUCGUCGAGGAGUCUUUCUUGAUUAAACAGUGCAGCUUAGCAUCUCGUUGAGUUAACAAUCACGAUGGAUAUUAAUUUUCAAGGCAAGCGCAUUCUCGUCACUGGUGCUGGUCAAGGAAUUGGUAAAGAGCUAGUGCUACGUUUGUCCAAAUAUAAUGCGGAAGUAAUAGCACUUUCCAAAACGAGGGAAAAUUUAAACAAAUUACUUGUUGAGGAUCCAAAGAUCAUAACAGUAUGUGUUGAUCUUAAAGAUUGGAAUGCAACGAGAAAAUCUAUUGAAAACGUAUUACCGAUCGAUUUAUUGGUGAACAAUGCUGGCGUAGCUCGUCUUUCUCCAUUCUUGGAUGCAACACCCGAAGAAUUUGAUUUAUUAUUUAAUGUCAAUGUUAAAGCCAUUAUGAACGUCUCUCAAGUGGUCGCUAAGAACAUGAUCAAAAGAAAUGUUGCUGGUAGUAUCGUCAAUAUAUCCUCCCAAGCAAGUAAAGCAGCAUUGAAGGAUCAUGCUGUUUAUUGUUCUUCCAAAGGAGCCGUUGAUAUGUUAACAAAAACAAUGGCUCUCGAACUUGGUCCUCAUAAUAUUCGUGUGAACGCUGUAAAUCCUACGGUUGUUCUUACAGAAAUGGGAAAAUUAGGUUGGAGCGACAAAGAUAAAGCUUCAAGUAUGUUAAGUAAAAUUCCAUUAGGACGAUUCGCAGAGACCGACGAAGUUGUAGAUGCGAUAGUAUAUCUAUUAAGUGAUCGCAGUUCAAUGAUAAAUGGUGUAACUUUACCAAUAGAUGGUGGAUUUUUAGCAACAUAAAUGACCUUAUGCAAAAUUGUGAAACAAAUAUAAAA